AUGUCGGAACGAGGCUCAUUCCGUGGUGGUGGUCACGGUGGUCGGGGCCCUCGCGGCGGCGGAGGAGGAGGCGGUGACCGUCGGGGCGGCGGCUCCACCCGUGGCGGUGCACGCCAUCAAGGAGGAGACAGACAUGGGGGAGACCGCGACCAACAGGAGAAGCCCAAAAAGGAGAAUAUCUUGGAUUUGACAAAGUAUAUGGAUAAGGAAGUCAUUGUUAAGUUUAAUGGAGGUCGGGAAGUCAGCGGAAUCCUCAAGGGAUAUGAUCAGUUAAUGAACCUUGUCUUGGACGACGUCAAGGAGAAGAUGCGCGAUGAAUCGGGAAAAGAGGCUACCCGGUCACUUGGCUUGAUCGUUGCUCGUGGCACUCUUCUGGUCCUCAUCUCGCCGGCGGACGGUAGCGAGGAGAUUGCCAAUCCAUUUGUGCAGGCAGAGGAAUAA